GCACAGAGCAAAAUACCCCUUAAUUUUCCUUCUGCAACAUUUGCAAUAUUUUCCGGUGUCCUCUACUCCAACACCUGCAAAUGGCUGGCAAUGGCAAGCAACAACAUUUCACACUUAAAAUCGAGAAAGAGUUUGAUCGACGAUCGGAGAGAGUUAAGUCUCUGGAUUUUCAUCCGACAAAGCCAUGGAUUCUAGCAAGUUUACAUUCAGGAAAAGUCUGUAUCUGGAACUACCAGUCACAAGCCAUGGAGAAAUCUAUCGAUGUCACAGAGUCACCGGUGAGAACGGCGAAAUUUGUAGAACGGGAACAAUGGAUUGUUACAGGAUCAGAUGACAAGUUUAUUCGCGUGUACGAUUACAAUUCUGCUGAAAAGAUUAAAGAAUUCGAAGCGCACACGGAUUAUAUCAGGUCUGUGACAGUGCACCCUACCCUGCCAUGUGUUCUGUCAGCGUCCGAUGACAAGCUGAUAAAGCUUUGGGAUUGGGAGAACGACUGGGCGUGCACUCGGGUAUUCGAAGGGCAUUCCCAUUAUGUCAUGGGAGUGGCAUUUGAGCCGAAAAAUGCCGUCGUCUUUGCUAGUGCAUCACUUGAUUGCAGUGUAAAGGUAUGGGAUCUUGGUUCUCCCAAUCCAAGUUUCACUCUGGAGGAACAUUCAAAAGGGAUAAAUUGUGUUAACUUCUUCACAAGUGGUGAUAAAACAUAUAUAAUCACUGGUUCUGAUGAUUAUGCUGCUAAGGUUUGGGACUAUGAGAGCGGAGCCUGUGUCCAAACCUUAGAAGGCCACACACACAAUGUCACUGCAGUAUGUGUUCAUCCAGAAGCCCCUAUAAUAGUCACUGGUUCCGAGGAUAAGACACUUCGCGUGUGGAAUGCAACAAAUUUCAGGCUUGAGAACACACUGAACUAUGAGCUUGGAAGAGUUUGGGCUAUUGGUUGCAUGAAGGGUUCACCACAGAUUGUGAUUGGUUGUGACGACGGUAUGGUUUUGGCAAAAGUCGAGUGUUCUCGCAAUUGGGAUUCUGCGGAACUUCAAACCGAAGGCGAAGAGAAGGAGGACUAAUCUCGACGCUGUUUGAUGCCGUAUUUGCUGCUACUGAUAGCUCGCCCAUGUUUUUCAUUUGUAAAAUAAUGGUGUGUAACUUCGCGGGUAUUCCGGUUGGAAGAGAGAUAAAUGUUGUAUACUUACUUGUGCUUCUCUGUGUAUUGAAGCAACUUAUGUAUGUACGGUGUAUAGUUUGUUUAAGCGAAAUAAAUGGCCACUUAUUAU